AUGGCAGACGUACGGGUACCGGUCUCUUACUAUGAGAACUUUUUGGAGUCACUUGCACGCAUCGUAUCCAAGCUCUUGACGGACCGGGAAACGGAAGCCGUAUUGUCGUCGAUCCGCUCAUUCCAGGACAAGCUGCAUCGCAUGAGCAGUCAGAACCUCUUGAGACUUCAAAUGGAAGCGAGUGAAGAUAGCCAAGGAGGAAAGGCGUCCCCUCACCAGUGCAAGCAUGAAGGCAAGACCUGUAGUCAGAAUUGUACGCGAGGAUUCCUCAAGGCGUUUGCUGUUGGUUUCGGUGUCAAGUACUUGAUUGCCAUCUUGCCAGCUCUUUUAAUGGGCAAAGUAUUCAAGCGACCAAGCAUAUUAUGGCGAGCAGCUGAUCGUGAUACAGCGAGGUUUGCCUUGUUCCUGAGCACAUUCCUUGGAAGCUACAAAGGGAUCAAUUGUUUAUUACGACGCCAUGGUUCAUUGUCAGAACGUGUCAACUCAUUUAUCGCUGGUGCAAUUGCUGGAAUGGCGCUCAUGAUCGAUCGAGACAAACGACGACGACAAUCCAUCAUGCUAUAUCUCUUGACACGCAGUAUUCAAUUUACGGGUGCUUGGCUUAUGAAGCAAUGGGCGAUUCACCGCCAUGAGAAGAAGAAGGAUCAUGAUACACCACCACCACCACCACAAGCAAAAGGAUGGGAUGAUCAUAUCGCUGGAUUCAUGCAACGAUGGGCUGGUGUGGGAGUGAUGAUGCUUGCAAGUUCAGAGCUCAUGUAUGCUUUGUUAUUCCAUCAAGAUACGAUGCCCAAGUCUUACUAUUCAUUCCUUCUCACUCAUGCUGGUUGGCGUUCCUAUGUUGGAAAAAUGGCUGCCCCACUUUCAGUAUCCAUCGGUGAGACGAUCAACGGCUUUGCCAGUGAUCCCAAAAUGUCCAUUCGCAUGCCUCCAAAUACAACGAGCCGUGAAUUUAUUGCAACCCAUGUCAGCCCUUCCAUUGCAUCUGUCAUCCCACCAGGCAUUCGACAUCAUUACAUCAUGUGUGCUUUACAGCAUCCUCUCGAAGCUAGCUGCACUCACGACAAGAUCAAUCUCUUCCGAGGGGAAUUUGCACGUGCUUUCAAGUUGUAUUUCCCAUUGAAUGUGAUUAUGACAGCUGUGUUCAGAUCGGGUCAAAUUGUAACACAACCCUCUGUGGUAUUGCGAAAAUUUCUUCGAUCAUGUUUGCAGUCGACCAUUUUCCUGGCAAUGUAUGUAACCAUGGGGUUGGCUUCACCAUGUGCGAUGCGCCCUAUACUUGGAAAGGAACGACCAUGGAUGUACCUUGUACCAGGUGCUGUGGGAGGUGCAAUGACUUUUAUAGAAGCUCCUGGACGACAACUCGAGCUCGGCAUGUAUUGUCUUCCACGUGCAUUGGAGUCUUGGUGGAACAUUCUCGUCAAGAGCGGCUAUGCAAGGAAUUUGCCGUUUGGCGAUGUCGCUCUAUUUAUGUUGGCUACGGGUACCCUGAUGACCAUGUAUCAAAACGACAAGGACACUAUCUCCCCUCACUAUCUCAGUGUAAUGACUCGUUUCUUUGGCAACAAUUAA